AGCAGCAGCAGCAAACUAGCCAGUGAAAAAAUAAAAAGACGACUCGAUACGCAGGGUGUAGUCUGCUGGUCUUAACCUAAAUUGUAGAUGCAGGAGAAGUGCGCAUCUCAAUUGAUCAUUUCGUGGCGAUCGGUUUCCGAACAACUGCACAGGUAGAGUAAUUGAAUUGAUGGAUUUGAAUUGGCUUAGUGCCAUAUUAGUUGGGGCAGGCUGCCUUGCUUUAGGUUACUGCAUUGGGACACGCUGCCCUUCUUUCGUCUUUUUAAGGUUAACACCAAAAGUGGUUAAAGACACCAAAACUAACCCUAGUAGUCAUCAUGGAAACAAGAAAAACAAGUCCAAAGAACCAUUUGAGAUUGAUAAGCUGGCUGAUAUUCUUGAUGAUUUCAAGAUGGUGUUGGUUGUCAGAAACGAUCUUAAGAUGGGGAAAGGGAAAAUUGCAGCUCAAUGCAGUCAUGCAACUUUGGGCCUGUAUAAAAAGCUUCUUAACCGAGCACCUAAGGCUUUAAACAGGUGGGAGAUAUGUGCUCAGCCAAAGGUGGUCGUGAAAAUUGAAAGUGAGGAGGAUAUGCUUGUUUUGCAAGAGAGGGCAAAAUCACUUAAACUACCAACCCAUAUUACUAUUGAUGCCGGAAGAACACAGAUUGCUCCAAAUUCAAGAACAGUGAUGGCUAUUCUUGGACCUGUUGAAGUGGUUGAUGAUGUCACAGGUGGACUGAAGCUUUUGUAGUAGCUUCUUCAUUGAGAUGAUGACCUUUAAGCCCUACUGACUGAGUUUCCUGAAGAUCUCACCGACAAUGAAUAAUGUUAUACACAUUUGAAGGAAAAUUGAUCAAUCAAUAUAUGAGAAAACCGGUCUGCAAGGCCUUAUCAAGCAAUUUCAUGAUCAUUACAUUUUAUAGUACUUUUUGAUGGUGGAAAAUUUUUUGUAAUUGCCCAGCCAUGGUGGUGAUUGCAGUACUUGGAAGUUAUUUGCGCAGAAGAUGGGGUAACAAUGAUUUCCCUUGUUUUUCUUAGCAUAAGAUUUGGCAUCUCUGUUACUUUCUAAUUAAUUGAAAUGUUAGUUUGGUUAUUAAGAAGAAAAUUGGUUGACUAGAAUGA